AUGCAGAGCUCAGAGGGGCCCUCCGACUCGGCAGCUUCCGUGGCUCUUCACACUUCUGCCUCCGCCCAAGCGCCCGUGGUGCAGCCCGUGCCAGCAUCUCAGCAGGUAUCGUACGCGCGGCUGGUGCAAUCYGUGCAGCAUGUGUACCCAUCCCAGGUCCAGUAUGUGGAAGGAGGAGAAGGCGUUUAUACCAAUGGAACCAUACGAGCCGCCUACUCCUACAGCACCGACGCUCAGAUUUACGCGCCCAGCAGUGCUGCUUCCUAUUUCGAGCCGCAGGGAGGUGGUGGAGCUCAGGUGACUACAGCGGCAUCCUCUCCUACGGCCAUUCCCUCUCACAACAUGGUGGGCAUCACCAUGGACAUUGGGGGAAGUCCGAUCCUCUCCGGCUCGGGAGCCUAUCUCAUUCAUGGGGGGAUGGAAAACACUAGACAUUCUCUGUCACAUACUUCACGCUCCUCUCCAGCAACGCUUGAAAUGGCGAUUGAAAAUCUACAAAAAAAUGAAGGGAUCACAUCACACAAAAGCAGUUUGCUCAACAGCCAUCUCCAGUGGCUGUUGGACAACUACGAGACGGCGGAAGGCGUGAGCCUUCCCAGGAGCUCUCUGUACAACCACUACCUGCGGCACUGCCAGGAGCACAAGCUGGACCCGGUGAACGCCGCUUCCUUCGGAAAACUCAUCCGCUCCGUGUUCAUGGGGCUGCGGACACGCCGCUUGGGAACCAGGGGCAACUCCAAGUAUCAUUACUACGGGAUCCGUCUGAAGCCGGAGUCUCCGCUGAACCGCUUGCAGGAGGACACCCAGUACAUGGCAAUGCGGCAGCAGCCCGUGCACCAGAAGCAGAGGUACAGACCAGCCCAGAAAAUGGACGGAAUGACAGAGAGUGGAUCCAACAGUAGCCUGCACACUACUCCUGAACAGUCAGUUGCUGCUCAAAGUCAACAUCAUCAGCAAUUCAUAGAUGUAACCCAUGUCUUUCCGGAGUUCCCCGCUCCUGAUCUAGGUAACGUCCUCUUGCAAGAAGGAGUCACCAUGAAUGAUGUCAAAACCCUGCAGCUUCUUUACAGACGACACUGUGAGGCAACGUUGGAUGUUGUUAUGAACCUUCAGUUUCAGUAUAUCGAGAAACUGUGGCAAUCUUUCUGGAGUCCUAAAACACCAUCUAGUGAUGGCUCUACUACCCUGCCCUCCAGUGAAGAAGAACAUGAAGGGACCCUCCCAAAAGAUAAGCUGAUCACUCUGUGUAAAUAUGAACCUGUCCUCAAAUGGAUGAGAAGCUGUGAUCACAUCUUGUACCAGGCCCUGGUGGAGAUUCUCAUCCCUGACGUGCUCAGGCCGGUGCCCAGCACACUGACACAGGCGAUUCGUAAUUUUGCCAAGAGUUUGGAAGGGUGGCUGAUGAACGCGAUGAGUGACUUCCCUCCACAGGUUGUCCAGACAAAGGUCGGGGUGGUGAGUGCCUUUGCCCAGACGUUACGGAGAUACACGUCCCUGAACCACCUGGCCCAGGCCGCUCGGGCCGUGCUCCAGAACACCUCCCAGAUAAACCAGAUGCUCAGCGAUCUCAAUCGGGUCGACUUUGCCAACGUGCAGGAGCAAGCCUCGUGGGUGUGCCAGUGUGAGGAAGGCAUGGUCCAGAAGCUGGAGCAGGAUUUCAAGCUGACGCUGCAGCAGCAGAGCUCUCUGGACCAGUGGGCUAGCUGGCUGGAUAACGUCGUCACCCAGGUCCUAAAGCACCACGAGGGCAGCCCGAGCUUCCCCAAGGCGGCCAGGCAGUUCCUGUUGAAGUGGUCCUUCUAUAGCUCCAUGGUGAUCCGUGACCUCACCUUGCGCAGCGCCGCCAGCUUUGGUUCCUUCCACCUCAUUCGCCUCCUCUACGAUGAAUACAUGUUUUAUCUGGUAGAACAUCGUGUUGCUCAGGCAACAGGGGAGACGCCGAUUGCUGUAAUGGGAGAGUUUGGAGACCUCACAUCCAUGUCCUCAACACUGCUGGACAAAGAUGACAUCAGUGACCUGGGGAGCGAGGUGGACACAGAUUCCCGGAGCAUGGGGGAGCCGCUCGUGAAGCGAGAGCGCAGCGACCCCGGACACUCGCUGCAGGAGAUCUAAACUGGGGACUUGGCUUUUCUCCAGCUGGACAAAGACUUCCRGAGCCAGGCUGGA